CGUGACAUAAUUAGGCUUAAGUUAAGAAGUAUGUCUGAAGGAGAUUUGGGGAGCAUUGCCAAGAGAAUGAUUGGUGGUGCACUCAACGAUACAGGUAGGAAUAACCUACACAAAUGAAAUUUCGCUAAAUUGAAAUCCACAAUUGAAAUUAACGUUUAGAGCUUUUUCAUUGAUAUCUUAAAAUUUUAUUCGUUAUUUUGAGGGCAACAAAAUCAGAAUUUCAGAUGUAAAAAAGACUGAUUUUUUCCAAUAACUAUAAGAAAUAUUGAUUUUCUGUGGAGUUCGUGAGACCCAGUGCAACGAUCGAUUUUGUAUCAAAGUCACAAACCCAAAAUUUCCGAAUGAUGAAAAAUGAGUUGUUGAUUCUUGUAGAACAAAUGGCAAAGCUUCAUCGUGCCAUUUACGAGGAAUUGUGUUUGCAAGCUCAACAAAAAUUUGACACAAAAAAAUUUGAGAAGGAAUUGAUUAACGUUGGGUGCAAAACGAAAUCUGCUGCCCACGAAUCGCUAUUAGACGGUGAAUCCCAAAAUAGUACGACCGAAAUCGCAGCUAUUGUAACGGUAAAGAUUGAAGAUUCUUUUCCGAGCGAUCAAUUUGAGAAUUCAGCUGUCCCAAGACCAAACUUGGGAAAUCGAAAAAAAAAAUCAGUAACAAUGAAAAUGAGUAAAAAAGAUUUGGACAAAGCGAGAAAGAAAAACGAGGAAGCCUUUGAUAUUUGGAAACAAGAAAAAACUAAGACUUUGCGACGAGCGUUGAAAGAAGAACAUCUGAAAAAGCAGGCCCAUUUCGUUGCCCAGCAGAAGGAGUACGAUAAAAGGCGCGCUGCCUACGAGGUUCAUUGGGUUUUUUUUUUUCAAUUCAUUGGAAUUAUGUUACUUGAAAAAUCUAAAAAAUUAAUUCAUCAACUAAAAGAAUUUUUUCUAAAAGUAAACAUUUUUUUUCAUAUCGAAAUCCGAAUUUGUGUCAUUCGAUGGCUAUCUUUCGAACAGGCUCACAUACGCUGGAAAAAGUUGCAGGCAUCUCAACCUAAAGUCAAUAAAUUACCGAAAAAGACAGUAAAAAACGAUUGUCUAAAGAUGCUGGAACUGGCGAACGAGAAAAUAGCAGUGAACGAAGAAGCAUCCAGGGUUUGGAAGAAACAAAAAAACGGAAUUGCGAGGCAACAAUCGCAGCAACGACGUCAAGUUCGAAUUUUAAAUUAUGAUAGUGGCUUCGAAUUCGCAGCUUGGCUUGAUCGGUUGGACUUACUAUUGCAUCAAAAAUACAUGCGGGAACGACGCUAUCUCGUUCGAUCCUUUUACUGCCAACCGGCUUAUUAUGGCUCAGCUGCUUUGUGUAUGAAUUAAUCAAAUGAUCACGAUC